AUGGGGAAGGUGCGCGUGGCGACGUGCGUGGUGGCGGCCGCGCUGGUUGUCGCGGCGCUGGUGGCGGAGGUGAUGGCGACGUCGGGCAGAGCGAAGUCGGGGUCGGGCGGGGCGUCGACGGCGCAUUGCAACGCGGGGCAGCUGAUGGUGUGCGCGGCGGCGAUCAUCGGCGGGGCGGCGCCGUCAGCGUCGUGCUGCUCGAGCCUGCGGGCGCAGCAGGGAUGCUUCUGCCAGUACGCGCGCAACCCCGCGUACGGUGGGUAUAUUGGCAGCCCCACCGCCCACAGGGCCAUCGUCGCAUGCCACGUCGCCGUUCCGAGCUGCUAG